UUACUAAUAAUAGUUACCCAACAACUUUUCCUAUGGAAAAUAAGACGAGUUUUGUGUGAGAAGACAUGUGUAAAAGUUGUUGCUAUCAACAGACAUAGAUCUAUGUAUGAAAAAUGUAUUCAAUAAUUUUUAUCUUGUUAAUUGCUAGUUUAACUAAAUUUUCCCAAGAAUCGAGUAAUGAUUUGGGUGAAAUCUUGGAUCUUACCUAUCCAGUGAAUAAUAUAACUCUUGAUUGGGCCGGAGACAAGUUCACAAUGAAUAUAACCAGUGGAUUAGCAAAAAUUGACAAUACAUCUUACUGGUAUCAAAUCGAUACAUUUUGGACUCCUACUCACCUUGGUACACAUCUUGAUGCUCCUUGUCACUUCGGUAAAGAUAAAUGGGGUGUCUCUGAUAUUCCCAUUGAAAGACUUUAUCAGAGACCAGGUUAUCUGAUGGAUAUUUCAAAUAAAGUCGGAUCCAAUAACAACUACGUUGUCACUGGUGACGAUGUAAGCGAUUGGAUUGAAGCCAUCGGUGAUUUAAAACCAGGAGCAGUUAUUUUGAUUCGGACAGGUUGGUCCAAGCAUUGGCCUAAUAGACAGAGAUAUUUUGGGAUAAAAAAUGUUGGCGGUUCCUUCAAUUUUCCAGGCAUAUCUACUGAUGCAGUUAAGAUGCUUAUUAAGAGAGGAGUAGAUUUAUAUGGUAUCGGAAUUGAAGGCCCUUCCGUCGACAAUGGUCCAAGUAAAGAUUUUUCUACUCAUUCACUUCUUUCUGAGCAUAAUAUUUAUGGUUUAGAAAAUAUUGGCCCCGCAAUAAAACAAUUGCCAAAAAAAGGUUUUCUUAUUACCUCACUUCCAAUUAAGAUUGAUGCAGCCAGUGGAUCGCCAGUUAGGAUUGUUGCUCAUCUAACUAACGCAAAAUUAUCUAUGUAUUCAUUUGAAUCUUAUGUUAUUGUAAUUAGCAUAAUUACUAUCUCAAUUAUCUUCUAUUUGAGGUCAUAAUUCAACAUUGAUACAAACCCUUAUACAAAAUUUUGUAUGUAAGUCAAAGUUCAAUCGUAAAUUGUGAAUAAUUUGAAUAAAACCAUGACUUUAAAAUUUGGA